AUGACAUCAAAGUCUUAUUGUGGGAUCAAUAAUGGGCUUCAAAUGGGUAAUAAUUACGGGGCAAUCACGGCAGAAUUCCACCUUUCUAAGCGACCAAAGACCUCUCACCAUGAUAGUUUGCCUGCCGCACGACACUAUCAGUACACCAUCGCUUGGAUAUGUGCGCUGUAUAUAGAGAUGGCAGCCGCCCGCGCCAUGCUGGACGAAUGUCACGAAACCCUGCCUACCCAUACGGACGAUAGGAAUACCUACGUGUUAGGAAAGAUCGAUCAACAUAAUGUUGUUAUUGCGUGUUUACCUGAUGGCCAGUAUGGAACAAAUAAUGCAGCGAUAGUUAUGACGAACAUGAAGCGGACCUUUCCAUCAAUUCGUGCAUGUUUGAUGGUGGGCAUCGGCGGUGGGGUGCCAAGCAAGGCUGAUGUGCGUUUAGGUGAUAUUGUCGUCGGAACAAGGGUGAUGCAGUAUGAUCUUGGGAAAGUCCUUGGAGCCGGAAAUAUCCAGCGAACGGCAAUUCCUCGAAUUCCUCAUCAGUUGCUUAGUACGGCUGUGUCUGCCGUCCGUUCAAAGCACGAAUUUGGCCCUAGCCGAGUCCAAUCUAUCUUGCAGCAGAAGCUCGAAGGUCAAUCCGCCUAUGGUCGCCCAACUUCACCGGAUCGUCUAUUCAAUGCGACCUAUAAUCAUGAGUCUCAUACAGGUAACUGUGACGGAUGUGACAUUUCAAAGCUAGUAUCACGAAGCAGACGAAUGUCAAACGAAGUGAAUAUCCAUUAUGGCGCGAUUGCCUCAGGAAACCAAGUCAUGAGGGACGGUGUUACCCGGGACAACAUUGCUCGAGAGCUAGACGUCAUAUGUUUUGAGAUGGAAAGUGCUGGUCUGAUAGACAUCCUCCCAUGUCUUUCAAUUCGGGGAAUCUGCGACUACGCGGACUCUCACAAGAGCAAAGAGUGGCAGAGAUAUGCUGCAGCAACCGCAGCCGCAUACGGAAGGGAGUUGCUCGAGGAAUUACCUGUGACCGAAUCGCAUACGAGCAUUACUUCGAUGGCCGAUCCUUAUCAAGUUUCAUCACCUGAACGCCGCCUGCACUUGUUAAAUUCCUUCAAGUUCGAGCAUAUGGAUUCCCGCAAAACAUCCAUCAAAAAACAACAGGAAAAGACUUGUCGCUGGAUUCUGAGCCAUCCUUGUUAUGAAGCGUGGCUUGAUCCCGCAAGAUUGGCGCAAAAUCAUGGCUUUUUGUGGAUCAGUGGUAAGCCCGGUGCUGGCAAGUCUACAAUUAUGAAGUUCGUGUUCUCCUGUAUGAAGAGCAAGGCACGUCAUAAGAACGCUCUCACUGCUUCCUUUUUCUUCAACGCUCGAGGUGAUUACCUCGAAAAAUCAAUCUCAGGGAUGUAUCGAUCACUACUGCUUCAAUUGCUUGAAGGGUACCCUGACCUCCAGGUUGUUUUAGACGAUUCCGACCUGGUUCCCCCAGUUCAAAAUGGUUGCCCCUCGUUAAAUAUUCUGAAGGACCUAUUUGCCAAUGCGAUUUGCGCCCUUGGUCAACGCUCAUUUACCUGCUUUGUUGAUGCUCUUGAUGAGUGUGAUGAACAGCAAGUUGUGGAUAUGGUCAGGUACUUUGAAGAUCUCGCUGAGCAAUCUGCAGCAAAAGGGGUCCUAUUCCGAACCUGCUUUUCGAGUCGACACUAUCCCUUUAUCACUAUUCAACGAGGUAUUCGGCUUACACUUGAGGAUCAGUUAGGUCAUGCGGAAGACUUGGCAACCUACGUCGCGGACCGUCUGAUAGUCGAAGAUCCCACGCUUGCAGAAGAGCUGCGACCACAAGUUCUCGGUAAAGCUGCAGGUGUCUUCAUGUGGGUCGUCUUAGUUGUUGACAUUCUCAAUAAGGAGUAUCGACGGGGCGGAAUGGCUCUAGGAAUGAGACUCGCAGAAAUACCCAGUGAUCUGAGCGAACUGUUCAAAGAUAUCUUGAGACGCGACAAUGAAGAUAUGGAGGCCCUUCUGCUUUGCAUUCUCUGGAUUCUGUACGCAAAGGACCCUUUGCGGCCGCAGGAGUUCUAUCAUGCUCUUUGGUCUGGCUUAUCUCCGAAGGGUUUAGUCGAUGCCCGAAUUCCAGAUGCCUCCGUCCAAGAUGCCUCCGUCCAAGAUACUAGUGCUGGUAUCAACAAAUUUAGCAAAUAUGUCAUUAGCUCCUCAAAAGGACUUGCCGAGACAACGCAAUCUAGUCAUCCCAGAGUUCAAUUUAUCCAUGAAUCUGUUCGAGAUUUUCUCGUGAAGGAUAGGGGUCUAUAUGAAUUGUGGCCUGAGCUCAGAUUUAACUCCGAGAGCCUCAGCCAUGAGAAGCUUAAACAAUGCUGCAGCUUCUAUAUGAAAAAUAAUCUGAUCAGCACAUCUGUUAGCAGGCUUCUGUCUAAGUCUGACACUAACGGCCGGAAGGAAAUCUCAAACGAAUACCCUUUCUUGGAAUAUGCCAGUCAGAAUAUCCUCUACCAUGCCAACGCUGCAGCGAAAUCGGUUCCUCAAGACAGAUUCCUGUCUUUAUUUCCUGUCUCUGACUGGACCAAUGCCAACAAUCUUUUUGAAAAGUUCAAGAAUCGCAAAUAUACCCCGAGCGCGAGUCUACUUUACAUUUUAGCAGAUAAAGGAUUCUCCAAUCUCAUUCGGUCGAGGCUCAAAGAGGAUCCGCAAAUCCAUAUUUUUGGGGAGAGAUACAGAUACCCACUAUUUGCCGCUUUGGCUAAUGGGAACAAAGAUGCUGUUGCUGCUCUUUUGGGCUUAUCUUCUUGGAUUUACAACGGAAUCGAUAUUACAGAGGGCCUUGGCCAGAGGAAAGACUUAAAAGCAUAUGAAAAUCGAACACCGCUGACCUGGGCUUCGCAGAGCGGUCGCGCAGGGAUUGCCAGGCUACUUUUGCAGGCAAGAACAGCCGUUGAUGACAUGGAUAGAGGGGGGCGAACACCAGUUUCACGGGCCUCAGAAGGUGGCUUUGAGACAGUUGUAAACCUUCUGAUCGACCAGGGGGCUGAUGUCAAUACCAGGGAUAAAGAUGGAAGGACACCGCUUCAAGUGGCCUCGUCGAAUGGCCAUAAGGCAGUGGCGAGGCUUCUCAUCGAGAAAGGAGCCGAUGUUAAUACGAGCAAUCAAUGGGGAUGGACACCGCUUCACGGGGCCUCGUCGAAUGGCCAUAAGGCAGUGGCGAGGCUUCUCAUCGAGAAAGGAGCCGACGUUAAUACGAGCAAUCAAUGGGGAUGGACACCGCUUCACGGGGCCUCGUCGAAUGGCCAUAAGGCAGUGGCGAGGCUUCUCAUCGAGAAAGGAGCCGACGUCAAUACCAGGGAUAAAGAUGGAAGGACACCGCUUCACGAGGCCUUAUCGAAUGGCCAUGAGGCAGUGGCGAGGCUUCUCAUCGAGAAAGGAGCCGACGUCAAUACGAGCGAUCAACAUGGAAGGUCACCGCUUCACGUGGCCUCAUCGAAUGGCCAUGAGGCAGUGGCGAUGCUUCUCAUCGAGAAAGGAGCCGACAUUAAUACGAGCAAUCAAUGGGGAUGGACACCGCUUCACGGGGCCUCGUCGAAUGGCCAUAAGGCAGUGGCGAGGCUUCUCAUCGAGAAGGGAGCUCAAGCGGAGCGGGCAAACUAA